GCCUUGCAUUUCAGAGGACCUAAAAAUAGGUUAUGCAAUCUCUGAUCAUGCCACUCAAACUGAUAUAAGUGAGAUAGCAGAUCUGAAACAGUUUACAGCAAUGACAAGAACUUUACUACAGUUUACAAACUCACUCUAUGAUGACUUUGCACUGUAUCAAAAUAUCUUGAAAAUGCAGUAUGAAGAAAAAAUACAGGAAUAUGCAACCAAACUCUGGCUAGAGAUAAGCGACAGACUGAAAGAUAUCGAGGAACUUUAUAAGCAGAAAGAAAUCAAAAUGCGAUAUAGCUACCAACAACAAUUAUGUGAUGCACUUGCUAUUCUUCGAAUGAAUUAUUCCAGAUAUUUACAGGUUGAUGAAAAAUGUAGAGUGGACUCAGCAGCUGCAACUGUAGAAAAACUAAGGAGAAUGAUUGAUGAGCAAGCAGCUAAAAUUGAAUCUUUAACAGAGCUGUUGCAGGAAGAAAAAGAACUGAAAGAUGAAAAGCUUCAACGUGAAGGGUACGUUGAGCUGGACUUCCAUCGCCAACAGAUGCGAGAAUUGAGAGAACAAAUGACUAGCCUGCUUGAAAAAAACGCACAGCUUCAAGAAACUGUGAAACAUGGAGUGAAAGAACACACUAACUUAGAGGCUGAAAUGAAACUUAUGCAGAACCAAAGAGAAAAAGAUAUGAAGGCAAUGGAAAAGCUAAUGAAUGCUCAAGAUUUACUGAAGUUGGAACUUGAGAAAGAGAAGCAGAAAGUUCUAGCAAAAGCUCAGGAAGUAAAAGAAGCUCAAGAUGCUCUUGCAAAAUUACAAGAAACUGCAGCUCACCCAGUAACAAAGAAAGCAUCAGUCCAUGAAGAAAAACUGAAAAAGACACGGAGAAAAAGCUUGAAAGAGAAAGCUAGCAAAGACGCAGUCACCAAAGACGCAGCCACCAAAGACACAGCUCUUAAACCAGCAACUGCCAAAGAUGCAGCCACCAAAGAUGCAGCCACCGAACACACAGCUGACAAAGAAGCAGCCACCAAAGGAGAUGGGAAAAGUGAAAUUUUGGAUGAGGCAACGACAGCUGACAGAAAAGCAUUAUGUGAUGAAAUAAAGAGGCUUAAGAAAGCUGAACAACAAGCAAGAUUGCAUGCAGAGAGACUUAUUCAGGAAUUGCAUCAGUUGAAUCAAUCUUGGGAAGUUAAGUUUGACAUUCUAAAGAAAAGCCUGCAUGCUAUUAGGAAUGAGAUGUUUCUUAGACAAUCGCUGCGGCAAUCAGUGAAAUUCAGAAGCCCAUCACUAACUGAGAGGAAAUCUCUUCCUAUGCACAUCCAGAAUAAGAAUAAGAAUCCUCCACACAAGCGCCGUUGGAUUUCAAGUAGUUUGUAUAUGCAGUAUUCACCCCUGCCGGAGAUAACUACUGAGAUAGAUAUUGAAGAAGACCAGAACGAUGCUAACAGCCCAUUUACACAUUCAAUUCCCAGUGCUUUUGAAGGUGAUGGGAAACAGCUUGAAGAAUCAAAGAGUCUGUCUUCACCUCUUAUGCCUCCUGUACACUGAUGUGGGCUGGAGACCACUGCCAUAUCUGGAACAUUUGUCUGCAUUAAAAAGGUUGAACGCUUUCCGUUUUGCUACUAAUGCCUAGAAGGAACUCAAAGCAAAUUGGCCAAAUGGGAAGCCACUGCUCCUGAGAGUGCCUGGGCAUUUCCUGCCCAAGUGUCACAAUGGUUGAAGUGGAUCAAGAUAUUUCUGGAGCACUUCCUUUGCUUCUGUUGAGGGGCUCUGGAGUGUUUUUCCUGAUUUAAACAACAAAGGGCCUUAAAUAAAGAAGCUCAGGGCCAUAUCUCUCUAAACCA